UAACUUGCUCAUUAAUUAUUCAAAAUGGCGUCUAGUAUGGAAGCUCAAAGAAAAUCACUUCCCAUAUACUCCGCGCGAGACAGACUCAUCAGAGAGAUAAAAACCAACCCUUGCUGCAUAGUAGUGGGGGAGACUGGGAGCGGGAAGACAACGCAGAUACCACAGUAUUUGCAUGAGACUGGGCUAAGCAAGAAAGGUCUGAUAGGUAUAACGCAGCCUCGACGAGUGGCAGCCAUUAGCAUAGCAACCCGUGUUGCUAAGGAGCAAUCGGUAUCUCUUGGAGCCGAGGUGGGGUACGCCGUGAGGUUUGAAGACUGCACCGGACCCAGUACCAAAAUUAAAUAUCAAACGGACGGUCUGCUACUGAGAGAAGCCAUUCAAGACCCUCUACUAUCAAGAUACUCGGUAGUGAUACUAGAUGAGGCUCACGAAAGGACCGUACACACUGACGUGUUGUUUGGAGUCAUUAAAGGAGCUCAGAAGGAGAGAAGAGAAAGGCACAUCAAACUAUUACGUAUUGUCAUCAUGUCUGCCACACUAGACACCAGCUCUUACUCUAACUACUUCAACAACGCUAAAGUACUCUACAUUCAAGGACGACAGUAUCACGUCAACGUCUAUUACACCUUAAAACCACAAUCCGACUAUAUUCAUUCGGCCAUUACAACAGUACUCCAGCUGCAUGGAGAAGAGGAGAGUGGAGAAAAUGGAGACAUUUUGGUUUUCCUAACAGGUCAAGACGAGAUUGAGUCAAUGCUUCAUACACUGAUACAGUGCAAGUCUUUAUUUCCGUCUCAUUGGAAAGACAUGAUGGUACUGCCUCUCUUCUCUGCUCUACCUUCAGCUCAGCAGCAAAAAGUAUUUCAAAAGCCACCCCCAAACACUCGUAAAGUGAUCCUUUCUACUAACAUAGCAGAGACUUCUCUUACUCUCUCUGGGGUAAAGUAUGUCAUUGAUACAGGGAUGGUGAAAGGACGUGGGUACAACCCAUUGAUGGGUCUUGAUCUCCUACUGGUACAGCCUAUCUCAAAAGCACAGGCGAGACAGAGGCUUGGUAGGGCAGGGAGAGAGAGUGAGGGAUACUGCUAUAGAUUAUACACUGAGGAAUCCUUCCUGCAGUUGGAAGAGAAUACUGUUCCUGAGAUACAACGUUGCAAUCUCUCCAGCGUACUACUCCAGCUGCUUGCAAUGGGUAUUAAAGACAUACUCAGUUUUGAAUUCAUGGAUCAACCUCCGGAAGAAAGUUUGAUAGCUGCUCUUGAAGAACUAGUGCUGCUGAAGGCUGUGAAUAAAGAAGAAAAUGGAGAAGAGACAUUAGAACUUACUCCAUUAGGACAGAGAAUGAGCUCUUUUCCUUUGUCUCCAUCUCUGAGCUCUUGUCUCUUAGCAUCAGUGGAUUAUGAUUGUGUGGUUGAGUUAGUGACACUAGUAUCACUGCUAUCAGUUGAUACUGUGCUGUAUACUCCGACUGAUGGAAGAGAGAAAGCUGAUCUGGCGAGGAUGAAGUUCUUUUGUCCUGAAGGAGACCAUUUGCUGCUAAUGAAGAUACAUAAAGCUUAUCAAACAUCUAAUGAAAAGAAAUCUUGGUGUCAUGAUAAUUACAUUCAUGCAAGGAACAUGUCUACUGUCCAGGACAUUAGGAAACAGCUCAAAGAGAUUUGCAGACAAAACUCACUCCAACUAACCUCAAACAAUGAUGGAGAAAGACUGAGGAAGACCCUGCUAUGUGGCUUUUUUAGAAAUGUAGCAGAGCAUGUCAGAGAUGGGAAAUAUUUAACUGUGUUGUCAAGACAAGAGGUGUUCAUCCAUCCCAGCUCUUGUUUGUUUUCAGUGACACCUCCUCCUCCAUUUGUGAUGUACACCGAACUAGUUCACACCACCAAAUGUUAUAUGAGGAUGGUGUCUGUUAUAGAUCCAAAAUGGCUAUUUGAAAUAGCUCCAAACUACUUUCAUAAAACAAUGACAACAAACAUGAUACAAGAUUGAACUCACUCAGUCAUUCACAUUGUAACAUUUUGUGAUCUAAUCAAUUCAAUUUUUUGUGGCAGCAAUGCCACCAUUUCUUUACACAAUCCUAA